UUUCAAUUGAUCUUAAACCUGAGAACCGAGCAGUUAUAACUCUUAUCCUACGAUGGAAGAAUUAGAUAUUGGAACGAAUUUUGAUAUCCACGGUGAAAUGACGGAGACACCUAUGUCUAGAACUCAUCAAUAUCGGAAAGUGAUGAAACCUCUCCUGGAACGGAAGAGAAGGGCACGGAUCAACAAGUGCUUGGAUGAACUUAAAGAUCUGAUGGUUCAUGCACUUCAACACGAAGGAGAAAAUAUAACAAAGCUGGAGAAAGCUGACGUGUUGGAGUUGACUGUGAGACACUUGAGGAAGCUGAAGAGACAGCAGAUGUUGGCCUUGAACCCUGGACUUGAUCUGGAUAGAUUCCAUGCAGGAUAUACUGCCUGUGCUACUGAAGUUAAUCGUUGUAUGUCAAAUAUAUCUGGAGUUGACGGAGCCAUGAAUAACCGUCUUAUGAACCAUCUUGGACAAAGAUUAACAUCAUACGAAGCUGUGAGUCAAAUUCAUCCCGGAGCACCUCAACCAAACCUUCUUACUUCUCACCAGGUUCCUCUUACAGUAGUUCCUCCCCAACCUAACCUAAGCAAUUCCAAACUAUCUCCAUACACAGACUCAGAUCAUGGUUACAACAGCGGAAGAGACUCUUCUCCUUCUCCGACACAGGAUAUCAAAAGAGAACCUGAGUCUGUCUGGAGACCGUUCUAGAGAAUCUGAACCUGUCUGGAAACCGUUCUAGAGAAUCUGAAUCUGUCUGGAGACCGUCCUAGAGAAUCUGAACCUGUCUGGAGACCGUUCUAGAGUAUCCGAACCUGUCUGGAGACCGUUCUAGAGAAUCUGAAUCUAUCUGAAAAUCUUAGUUGUCGGAUAAUCCCCUGCUCAUUUGAUCUACUGAGCAUAAAGUUCAAAUCUUGUAAAAAAAAAAUCAUGCAAUGUCUUCCAUAUGCAGCCUUAUUCUAUAUAAUCUUGACUAAUGUUUCAUCCUUAUCUGUGAUAUUUAAAAUAUAAUUCAAAUCAAGA